AUGGACGACGCGAACGGCACCCUGAAGGCCUCGAAAGCCACAAACGACACGAACGGCAUCAACGGCAUCAACGGCAUCAACGGCAUCAACGGUGCCAUCAAAUCGCAACUCAACGGUCUCAACGGCCAUGCAGUAGGAAUGAGAAGGAGGACGAAGCCCAGCGGGCCGGGGAUGCUCGCCCGAACAUUCAGCAUUGCUGCGCGAUUACUGACCUGGUACUCCAUCGUGACCAUCCUCCUCCGAUGCCCUGCCACACUCGACGCCUGCGACGACACGUCUCCGCGCAUUUGCAAGCCCUACUUCCAGCUGAAACAGGCCGUCGUGCCCCACGUCGAGCCUUACUACCACACAUACGCUGCUCCAUACGUUGAGGCCGCCCGCCCCUACUACCACACGGUCGAACAGAAGGUUAUUGCUCCGAGUUGGGGCUACGCAAAAAAGUGCGGUACCCCGCGGGUGCAGCAGGUGCGGGCAUUCGGGAAAGCGCAAUGGGACAGGAGCGUCCAGCCGCAGGUCGAAAAAUACCAGGAUUUGGCCAGGACGAAAUACGAUGAGAAACUCGCCCCGCACAUCAACCGCGUCUCGACCGCUUUCGGCCCCUACUACGAGAUCGCCCGGACGAGCAGUCUGCAGACGUACCACGAGCUGCUGGUGCCCGCGUACGAAUUUAUCCAGCCCCAUGUCCUAGACGGCUACCGGGCCACCUCGGCCUUCACGAGCAAGACCGUGGUGCCGGCCUUCGUCUGGGCAUGGAACAAGACUUACGUCUUCGUAGAUGGCACGGUUGGGCCGCAGAUCAGGGCCAUCUACGUCGAGAAUGUCGAGCCCCAGCUCGUCAAAAUCAGCAAGCGCCUCGGCCGCCACAGCACCGGCAAGAAGUCGGUGCCCAGGCCGCUGACGGACGCUUCGUCAAGCUCGUCCACCCAGAGCACCUCCACGUUCACGAAGCCUGCCGCCUCGGUCACCGCCACGUCCACCAGCGCUUCAAAAGCCAAGCCUUCUGUUGACUCUCGCACCAGGGCAUCGAUGGAACCAAUCCCGCCCCCCGAGAUCGAUGAGACUCUCGAAAAAGAGGACCCGGUCCGCCGCAGUGCCCGCGAAAUCGUCGCCGCCGAUCUCAAGGAUUGGCAGGACAGGUACGCCAAGGCUGCGGACGAGGGCGCUGCUGAAAUCGACGAGCGCGUCCAGGAGAUCGCCAAGAAAAUGAUCCGGCGCGAGGCGAGAAUCACGGGCAAAUCGCUCCUCGAGCAGUUGCAGACGACCACCGUCUCAGAGCUCGUUUCUCUCCGCCGCGCCAUACUGGGCAUCAUUGGCACGGUCAAUAAGGGCGGCGCGACCCCUGAGGAGGGCCAGGAACAGAUCACCCAGGCUGUCCGACAGGCGGGCAUGGUCGUCAAGGAGAAGGCCCAGGCUGUGCGCACGUGGCGAGAGCAGUACGACACCGAGACGCAGACCUCGGUCACCAAGGCCGCAGAGACGCACUUCUCCAUCCUUGAGAACAUCCGCGACCUGGCCCUCCAGAAGAUCGGCAUGAAGUGGGCCUGGAUGGACGGCGUCACGUACAAGGACUGGGCCAAGUACCACCAGCUCAAGGGCCGCUUCGACGAGUGGAAGGGCGACCUUGAGAGGCACGUCGUCAGCCAUCCGAGUCUCGAAGCUGCCCAGCUUGAGGCCGCCAACAUCGAGGACGAAGCGAUGCAGGUUGCCGCGUCAGCUGCCAAGGAGCUGGCACGCCUGAAGCAGGUCGCCUACUGGAAGCUGACUGCCCGCGACGACACCGAGGAGUUCGACAGUACUCUGAUGCAGCAGGCGGCGGAGGCAGCCGAGGCCGCGCGACUGGCCGCGGCGAAUGCUGCAGGAGCCGUCGUUGACUCUGCCGAGGCGGCCAAAGACUCAGUCGUAGAUGCCGCGGGAGCCGUUGCUGAGUCUGCGGAGGCGGCUCAACACUUAGUGGUGGAUGCGAUCGGCGAGGGCGCUAGCCUGGCCUCGGAAGCGGCGAGCAAGGCUACCGAUGCUAUUUCUGGGUCGAGCGAGCAAACAUCUGCCUCGGAGAGCGCGUCUGCCGUCUCUGGGACCUCAGACCCAAAGUCUGAGCCUGCUGUCGAGGCGUCUGUAACUCUUGACGACUCCGAGACCACUCCGACUGACGCCGCUGCCGUGGAGGAGCAAAACGCCGAGCCCGAAGCCGAGACAGCAGAAGCAGCCUCCGAACACCUCCAUGAGGAUGCUGCCAAAUCAGAAGCCGAACCUCUCUCUGCCGCUUCUGAGGAGCUCUCCAGCGUUGUCGAGCCCACUUCCCAGCCAACCGAUGCCGAACCUUCCCCUGAAGUUGCUUCCACCAUGAUGUUUGAGACCCCCGUGAUGGUGGGCAACGUAACCGCGCCAGUGGACGAGGACAGGGCAGCGCCCGUUGAGUUGCCCGUGGAAUCCGACCCCGUCGAGGAGGAAGACCUGCCGCUGUCCAGCACAGCCUCUGUAAAGACGGCGCUCUUUGGCGCAGCCGCACAGUCCGUCCCCAGCCGCAGACCGAUCAUUGACGACGACGCGGACGAUGUGCCGGCCGCCAUGGAGUCGAUGCGCAACGACCUCAAGUCGGCCUACUCGGCGGCCAUGUCGAGGGCGAACGAACAGUACUCACAGGCCCUUUCAAUCGUCUCUGUCCAGAUCCGAGGCACCCCGCAGCCUGCGCACGAGAAGAUGCUAGCGUCCGUCACGUCGGCGUACAGUCAGGCCAUGGCCUCGGCCAGCUCUCGGCUCGAUGACGCCCUGAAGGUUGCAUCGAACCAGCUGUAUGGCACGACGACCAAGAAGAACAUCCUGCCCACUACGCUCCCUGUCCCACAGAUGCCGGGCGUCGACUGGGCGCAGAUCCAGUCCAUCGCCUCGGAGCGUCUGCAGCAAGGCCGCGCCUUGGCCGAGGAGCAGUACGAGAGCGCCAAAAUUGCCAUCGGCCUAGCCACUCCGACCCCGUCAACACCCUCCGAGCACGUCAGCAGGAUGCUCGACAAUGCCAGGCACAACUACUACGCCGGUCUAGGACUGGCGCAUGCCCGGUACUCCGAGUUCCUCGCCGCCGCCAGCUCGGCUCUUAGCUCGGUGACCGCCACCCCGACGCCGACCGACCUAGCGGGGUCUGCAUCAUCGAUUGCCUCGGUUGCCAGCGACUCUGCGGCUUCUGCUGCGUCGGCAGUCAGCGAAGGCGCCGCCUCCGUUAUGUCUGCGGCCAGCGAAGGCGCCUCCUCUGCCAUGUCUGCAGCCAGCGAGAACGUGUCCGCGGCCGCCGCAGCAGGGUAUGACGCCGCCGCCGCCGCGGGAGGCAAGGUCGCCGAGGGCUGGGACGUUGUGGUCACAAGGAUCAGCCUCCAAGUCUACGGCGCACCCACGCCAACCCCGUGGUACUCAAGCGUCUACAGCGCCGCGAACGACUACGCCUCUGCAGCCGGCCAGAGCGGGGCGUCUGUCACUAGCGCCGCCGGCGCGUAUGCCUCUGCGGGGUCGGAGGAGCUCGCGAAGCAGUACUCGGCCGUCAGCCGCAUCAUGUCGGAGAUGCUCAUCGGCAAGGAGCCGUCGUUCUCUGAGAGCGUUAUUUCGAGGCUGAGCGCGGCGUAUGCGACGGGUUUGAGUUCGGCCUCGAGCAUGGCCGGCGCUGCCCAGGCGACUGCUGCGUCGGCUGCGAGCCAGGCUGGCGAGGCGGCUAAAGGUGUUGGGGAGAAGAUUGCCAGCGCUGCGAGCGAUGCCACUGAGGUUGUCAAGGGCUCGGCGACGAGUAGCAAGGAUGAGCUGUGA